AAAAAGCGCUCAUGUCCUUAUAGAACUCGUAAUUACAACUUGUAGACUGGGAAUUUUCCAAGCACUUCUACUUGUUCCACGUGACCGUGACCGAGUGAGUAGUGUCUCGAAAUUACGGUACGACAUGGCGUGAACGCAACAACAUUUGUAAAAGUGUCCAUGGCAAACCACAACGAUCCCCGAGCAGUUUCCGAUGGGUAAAAUCAAGCUACGUUUUUUCUUGUUCGAGAAGCUGUUUCACUCGGAUAUGGGCCUACGUCACAAUAAGGAAGAAAAGACUAUCGCAACUUCCGUUUCACUCCAAUUUUAAGGACGAACACGAUACGUCUUUAUCACUUACCUGAGAGUUCAUACCGACCUGGGAAAGCUCACAAUUUCCCUAACAACAUUUCAGCAAGCAUGACGUCUGUCAAGCAUUUUCCGUCCUUUGCAUAUUUUUUUACAGUCUAUGGUCCUUUGUUUAGGAUCAAUACUAGCAGUGUCCGACUCGUGAGUGAAUCACUCUUUUGAGUCGGUUCUUUUCCGUAAAUUUAGCGAAUGUUUCCGUUUGAAUCAUUCGAACAGCUCAAGGCUCGCGCAUUCGUUUGGAGCGGGUUUCACUCUAUAAAACACAAAAACGCGGCACUUUAGAAUGCAGAGAACGAAAAGAGCGCCGGAAGAAAUUAAUAUUUACACCGACAAACAACUGAAACAAUCUGCAAAAGCGUCCUAUUAUUUGCCAGUGAUAAAGACGCGGCCUUCAAUCACUUAUGCACGUGCGUCACGUGAACGACUGCAGGCACUGAACCUAUGCGACAGGUCCUGCUUAUAAAGAGCAAUGCAAGUCCCUCAGAUUCAGAUGGAAGAUUAUGGAAUGAGGAUGUGUGUGUGUGUGUGUGUGUGUGUGAGCAAGAGAGGAAGAUUCUCGAGAGGAAUGAGGAGAUGAGCUGUUGUACUGGAAACUGUCUUCUGUGUCUGAAGUGGUCCUGAUCAUUUCACUGGACUGCGGAUUAGUACAAUGGCAAUGCAGACUGGAGCUGAUGUUUAUCCCGUGGCUCUACUGGACAGCAUAUCCCCGUGACAUUAUCAUCUCCCACAAUUCCCAGAAGACUCUUCUUUCUGUGUCGAAUAAACUCUACAGCUAGGGAACUAGAGCUUAGACAAUUGGGAUUUUUCCCAUGUUUCUGACAUUCAGAAAUGAGACUGAGGCAUCUGUCUUUUCUCUCUACAUGGAGGAAAGUUUGAUGAAAAGUCAAGGGAAUUGUUCUAAAGGCUGACCAACAGGAUUACUUUUACUUACAAAACUGCUCCUUCACAUCUAAACCCAAAGAAGAGCCUGAUGGUGUCAUAUGAGCUGGACUGAUUGUACUCAGUCGGAGCACCCAGCGGCAGAACUUUGGCUCCAGAUGAAACUGAUGUUUUUCCUGCAUAAUUCUUAGUCAGUCUGGAGUCGUUAACCCUCCUGCACUGUGUGUUGUAGCAUGUGGCUUGGGCUCAACAUCCACAGCAUCUUAAUUACACAGCCGAACCGAUUUAGACCACGGAGGAAACAUCUCUACAUCUGGAGAUUGGCUGCCAUUUAGAGAUCUGCUUUCCUCUUUUUUUGUCAUACCUAUGCUAUUACCCAAAAGAUGCCCAAGAGAUCUUGCUGUCUCCCAAACAUGCACCUACGUCAGGCAUGAGGGUCACACUGACACGUUUGGCAGGGCUACAGAAAGGGAUCCAGCUACACGUUCCACGUGGAUAAAUUAGUUUAUUUCGUGUCGGAGUUACACAUAUUUUUACAACUUAUUUUUUACAACUGCUCAGCUCGUGGAAGACGACGGGAAAGACUUAAAAGGGCCUGAUGCACCUUUUAAGAGCAGCGACAAAAAUGAAUAAAUCAUCAAGAGGGAGUGAGGGCUAGUUCUUCACAGACAGCGCUUAAGGAAACGCUCCCCCCCCACACACACACCUGCCGGCUCCGAGCGAGCGAGAGCUAGAACUGAGGUCUCUGGCAGACUGACAGUUGCAGCCUCUCCUGCUCUCUAGCCUGGCGUUUUGUUGAUGCAUUUGCCUUGAUUUUCACGUUCCUCUGCCCUCCCCCUCUGUGCCCGUGUCAUGCUCUGUUGCCGGCGUGCCGUCCUGGAGCCAUGCCCAUCCCCGAGAUGGCUUUGAGCCCGGUGAAGUCUCUGUACUGGGAGGUGUUCCCCUCCAUGGCCACGCAGCGGGUGUACUGCACGCCCGUGCUCUGGGCCGGGCGCCUCUACGUGCUGGGGGGCUGCAGUGAGAACGGCCUCCCUUUGGACUCUGCCGAGGUGCUUGAUCUGGAGAGCCAGCGCUGGUGCGAGCUGCCUCCUCUCCCCACCGCUCGGGCCGGGGCAUCCGCCGUGGCCGUCGGAGAACAGCUGAUGGUCAUGGGAGGCAUGGAUGCGCAGCAGAGCCCACUGGCCUCGGUGGAGGUGUAUCACCCUGACGAGGGCAAGUGGGAGAGGAAGACAGGACUGGGACAUGCCUCCAUGGGCAUCACCACGCUGGAGAAAGAUGGCAAGGUGUAUGCAUUGGGCGGGAUGGGAGCUGACACGACCCCUCAGGCCUCGGUGAGGCUGUAUGAGCCAACAAAAGACCAAUGGCUGCCCCUCACCUCCAUGCCCACACCCCGCUAUGGAGCCUUCUCCUUCCUGCGCGGUAACAAGAUCUAUGUUCUGGGUGGGCGACAAGGCAAGUUGCCAGUGACCGCAUUCGAGGCCUUCGACCUUGAGAUGAAGAGCUGGACUCGGUACCCGUGCAUCCCCAGUCGCAGAGCGUUCUCCUCAUGCGCGGCCAGCGACAGGGCAUUUUUCAGCCUGGGUGGCCUCCAGCAGCCUGGACCCCACAACUUUUACUCCAGACCUCACUUUGUCUCCACUGUAGAGGAAUUUGAUUGUGAGCAAGGUGUGUGGAUGAAGGCCACGCGGAGCUGUCGCAUGAGAGAGAAGCGGGCGGACUUUGUAGCCGGCUGUCUCGGUGGACGGGUCAUCGCUGCGGGGGGACUCGGUAACCAGCCGUCCCCGCUGGCGUCAGUAGAGAGUUAUAACCAGCUGAAGAGGAGAUGGGAACCCGUGGCCCCGUUACCCAGCCCUCGCUGCUCCUGUGCCUCCAUUCAGACCCCCAACAUGCUGUUCCUCAUUGGAGGGGUGUCCCAGGGUCCCAGCAAUGCUGUGGAAGCCCUCUGUUUGAAAGAGACCGUCUGACACACACAUACACACACACACACACACACACACACUAAUGGACAACUAUAACAAAUCCUCACAUGCUGUACUUUCCAGAGUGUAGGCUCUGCAAACACACACGCACAGACUGACGUCAAGUUGACGUGUGUGUCUCUGACAAAUAUUCACAGACUUUCCCCUCAGAGGACGCAUCAGCUUUAUACUUUGAAUAGUGGAGACAAUCUACUGGAGCUUGGACAGCGUUCCACACCUCUGGACAGAGGAGUUUUGGACUGGAGAUCUAAGACGAGCAAAAAAUAUAAAAGUAUAUAAAUUAAUUGAAAAAUAUUUAUAUAUAUAUUUAUUAUAACAAUGUAUUAAUACAUUGUUAGAAUAAAAAUAUAUAUAAUAUUUAUUAACAUAUAGAAUAACAAAAAAAUAUAGAUAUAGAUGUGCAGACCUACACAGACAGGCACACGCAACACUCCAGGCGCCUUUGAACUGUACAGCAUUUUCAGUAUAAAUGCAGGGUAAUUUUCUGGCAAACUAAAGAGGAACUUAGGGCCAUAUCCACCACGCUGCCACAGCACCCGUCUGAGGUAGCAUGUUUAGCACUUUUUGUACUAUUGACAAACAGAGAAUCUUCUGCGCGAGACUUCAGAAGUGGGAGGCGGAUGCGUGUACGUGUGUGUUUUUGUACCUUCACAGCCAUGAACGUGUGAAAUAGAGCAUUGUUAUGAGUGGAAAGAGCAACUUAUAAUGGCAAAUCACUGAUGCCUCACUGUAGCAAGAGACAGGGGAGAAGGAUGACAAUGUGGUUGAUCUUGCUGGUUAAUUAAAGGAAUGUUCCGGGUUCAAAAGAGCUUAAGCUUGAGUAUAUUUGUGACAUAAUGUUGAUUAGCACAUACAAUAAUUUUCAUGUGUCCAUCAGUUAGUAAAAUCAAGCAAAUAUGUUUACAGUAAGCCGUGUGUCCACCAAAGCUUUUUUUUUCCAGCGGCUAGCAUACUUAUCCAAUUGUUUUCAAUGGGAGCGACACGUUUUUUUUUUUAAACGCCAAGAGCGGAGGCGCUGAACGCUUGGCGAGUUGAGAGAAGAAUGUUCAACUUUGAGUAAAAUGCUGCACACCUUAUCACUGUCACUUUUUAGCCAGCCGUCCAAUCAGAGUAGAGGAGGGGCGGGGCAAAUACCGAACUCCUACAAACUGUCACAACAUUCUUGCUGUACAACGACAUCAACAAGCAGAGAACGGAACAAAAUGGAUGAGGAAUUAAUAUUGCUGGCCUCCGAACAUACAGGCGUGGACAAAAUUGUUGGUACCCUUGAUAAAUAUGAUCAAAGAUGACUGUAAAAAUGAAUCUGCAUUGUUUAUCCUUUUAAUCUUUAAUUCAUAAAAUUAGCAAAAAUCUAACCUUUCAUUGAAGGAAAAGAAUUGAAAGUGGGGGGAAA